AUGGAGCACAUGUGGCUGAACUCGGUGAGUCAGUGUGUGGUAUCUGUGUCGGUGAUCGUGGUGAGUGUGAGGAUGUCUAUGGGUGGUGGUGGAAUGGAGGAGGAUGGAGGAGGCCAGGAUGGAGGUGGUCAUACCCGGGGCGGGAGUGUUUCUGCCUGCCUGAGGUUGUGUCUGGGCUGGGUGGGGGCAGUGGGGGGUGCGGUGGGGGUUCCUGUCUCUGUGCUGCUGAACCUGAGGAGUCCCCAGUGCCUGUACACCUGCAUCACCCUGGUGUGCUGUCCUCUGCUGGUCAGACAGUUCACUGUCUGCCUGCUGCUGCUCAUGACCCUCAACUCCCACCUGAAGCACCGCAUGGGGAGCAGGUACACUUUGCUGGUGACACGUCGGCGGGCCCUGUGUGUGGUCCUGCUGUGCUGGGUGGCCUCUGUCCUCUCCUCCUUUGCCCAGUUCAUCGGCUGGAACGUCCUGGACACCUGGGGAGGGGAAGAGGGAUGGCUGGAUGGGCUGGGGCUGGACGGCAUCCCCCCAGGCAACUGGACCUCCCCUCCUCCCCGUCCGAUGCCUCCCAAGUACAACCAGGACCGCUCUGUGAUAGGGAAGUACCUCCCUUACGGCGGCUUCCUGUCCAAGUUCUACGUGGAGGAUCUCCAUAACUUCACCUAUGCAGAGAUCCAUGGGAGCCACUGGGGGGUGUGUGCCACCGACACUGUCCUCAGCCCCCAGUUCCUGGUCUAUGUCUAUGGGGUGACCGUCUUCCUGCUCCCCCUAAUGGGCCUGCUGGCCAUUUACCUAGAUCUGGUCUGUGUGAUGCCCAGACAGGACCCUGAUGGUCCGGGCUCUGGCCCUCCAAAACGCCGCUCUCCCCGUGCUCGCUCCCUAGGCCUCUCCCUCUGCCUUCUUGUCCUCCUGUGUCUGCCCCUUCACAUCACCCACUCCCUCCUGCUUUUCUCCCCAGGCACACUGCCCCCGACCUGGGCUUUCCCGCUGGUCUCGCUCCUGUCGCAACUGUACGGUCUGGUGCCCCCUCUCCUCUUCACCAUUCCCACACAACGGGUGGGGGCCGAACAGGUACCCCUACCUCUGCCCCACCCGGCCCCCACAGGGGGUAAGACGGUGGGCGGAGCCCUGUGUUCAGCUGUGCAGGCGGCAUCCUAUUCACUCAAAGGGAGGCUGUGCCCAGAUGUGUGUGUGUAACAUGGAACGGGAAAACAGGGAAG